GAGAAAAAAAUUAAAAAGGAAGAACGCGUUAUGCUAAUAGAGAAACUUUCAAAAUCUUCAUUUUCAUCAGAAUUGAUGAAAUCAAGUAAAAAUUUGGGUAGAAGGAAAGAGACUAUGAAGGAACGACUUCGUAAGGCUUAUAAUGAGAAACGUUUGAGAUUACCUCAGUCUGAUCUUAGCGUUCCUUUGUUCGUGAAUGAGAGAGAAGAGGAAGAGGAUGAGGAUGAGGAUGAGGAUGAAGAAAAGGAAGAUCACGUGAUGAACGGAAACAGUACCAAGAUUAUCAAAGAUAAUUCUUCAAGCAUACUUCCUGAUUCUAAGGAACUGAAUAAUGAUCAAAAAAUUAUUAAUCAAAGUGUUAUUGUGGGAAAUGCCCUUAAACGAGCUCCGAAUGGAGAGUUUACAGUUCCCAUUAAGAAAAAGAAGAAAAAGAAGAUAAAGAAAAAACAAGUAAAGACAAUACAAAAGUCAACGUUAGAAGAAGAUUCUUUUGAUAGCUCAGACUCUCAGUAUGAUACUGACAAAGAAACCAAAAAUUCUGAUGCUGCAAUAAGUGCAAUAAGUGAAAAAUUAAAAGAGCAAUCAUUCAAACAAUGGGCAACAGAGCAAAUGGGCAUUAAACCAAAAGAUAAUGAAAAUAAAAAUACUAUACAUGAACCUAGUAUAAUUUCUCAAUCGAAACCUACAAACCUACAGCAGAAAAAGAAAGAUGUUGAAACCUGUUUAAUCCAAGAUGGAAUUGACAUUACUCAUGGAAAUAUAGGUGAUAAUGAAAAAACUGUUAAGAAGGCCUUCUAUAUUCCCGUCAAAAGAAACCAAGAAAUACAAGAAGCCAGAAUGGAACUUCCUAUUUGCGCUGAAGAACAAAUAAUAAUGGAAACAAUAAGCAAUAAUCCUGUAGUAAUUAUAUGUGGUGAGACUGGUUCUGGCAAAACAACUCAAGUACCACAGUUUUUAUACGAAGCUGGAUAUGGCAAUAAGGAUAGUGAUAAUCCUGGGAUAAUUGGUAUAACACAACCUCGACGUAUUGCAGCUGUAAGCAUGUCGAAACGUGUAGCACAGGAAUUGUCAUUAAGUGAACAAGAAGUUUCCUACCAGAUUCGUUAUGAUGCGACAGUAUCACCAAAAACUGUUAUCAAGUUUAUGACUGAUGGCGUUUUGCUUCGUGAACUCGCCAAUGAUUUUCUUUUAUCAAAAUACUCAGCAGUCAUAAUUGAUGAAGCACAUGAAAGAAGCUUAAAUACUGAUAUUUUGAUUGGUGCUAUAAGUCGUGUACUCAAAUUACGAGCCGAAUUAAGCAAAGAAGAUGGGAGCAAAAUUAGGCCAAUUAAAGUUAUUAUUAUGUCGGCAACUUUACGUGUCUCUGAUUUUACACAAAAUAAAAAUCUAUUUGACGUAGCUCCCCCGGUUAUUAAUGUCAAUACGCGUCAAUUUCCUGUUUCAAUUCAUUUCAACAAGCGGACUCCAAAUUUUGACUAUGUUAGUGAGGCAUUUAAGAAAGUUUGCAAAAUCCACACUAAACUUCCACAUGGAGGAAUUCUUGUAUUCUUGACUGGCCAAGACGAAAUUACUCUUCUUUGCAAGAAAUUUCGUAGGAAGUUUCCUUAUCUAAUGCAAAAUCAAUACAAUAGCAAGCAGAUGCUGGAAAAAGAAAAAACAUUUAGAGAAGUUGAACAAGAAAGGGAAAGUUUAAAUUCUAAAGAAGCUGAUUUUGAAAUUGAAGAUUUGGAUAUCGGUGAAGAAGAAUUGGAAGAAACAGAAUUACUUGAUACUGAUUCUGAAGAUUUUGAAGAAAAUUUGGAAAAUGAUGAAAUGAUAAUGGAUGAACACUCCAGACCACUAUACGUACUUCCAUUGUAUUCAUUAUUAUCUACUCAUGCUCAGUUGCGUGUUUUUGAACCACCGCCGGAAGGAACACGUCUGUGCGUUGUUGCAACUAAUGUUGCUGAGACUUCAUUAACUAUUCCUGGUAUUAAAUAUGUUGUAGACUGUGGAAAAGUUAAAGGACGUCGAUACGAUGUGGCAACUGGAGUACAAUCAUAUGUGGUUGAUUGGACUUCAAAGGCAUCAGCUGACCAACGUGCUGGACGUGCAGGAAGGACAGGCCCUGGGCAUUGUUAUCGACUCUUUUCUUCGGCCGUAUUCAAUGAUCAAUUUCAACAAUUCACAGUACCAGAAAUUCAUCGUAUGCCAAUUGAAGGAAUAGUACUACAAAUGAAGGCGAUGAAUAUAGAUACUGUAAAUAAUUUUCCUUUUCCUACUCCUCCUGAUCGUGAUCGUUUGCGUAAAGCUGAGAAGUUAUUACAAUACAUGAAUGCGCUGGAUGAAGAUGGUAGAAUAACUGAACUUGGUCGUACUAUGGCAACAUUUCCAAUUGCACCAAGAUUUUCUAAAAUGUUGAUAAUCGGACAACAACAUGGAUGUUUACCUUAUAUUAUUGCUAUUGUUUCUGCUUUAUCCGUUGUUGACCCAUUCAUUAAGGAUUACCAUCUAGAUAAUAGUACGAAUUCUGAUGAUGAUGUGAAAGAGGAAGAAUAUGAAGAAGUUCGAUCUAAUGAAUUAAAUAAAUUAAGUGAAGAAGCUAUUUUGCAAAAAGAACGUCAAAAAUUAAUCAGAAAAAAGUUCUAUGAUGUGCAGAAGAAACAUGCUGGGCUUGACCCAACUAGUGACUUAUUAAAAUUACUUAAUGUUGUGGGAGCAUACGAAUAUGAAGGAGGCACGGACAAAUUUUGUGAAUGUAAUUUUGUUCGUCCUAAGGCAAUGGAGGAAAUACGUAAAUUAAGGGGACAAAUAACGAAUAUUAUACAAAUGAAUUGUCCCGGAGUUGAUGUCUGUUUAGAUCCAAAAAUGAAGCCUCCAUCAACUAUUCAGCUCAAAGCAAUAAGACAAGUUAUUACAGCAGGAUUUAUUGAUCAAAUAGCAAUACGUAAAGGACUAAUAGAUAAAUCAUCAAAAAUAUUUUCAUCAACAAGAAAUGUCGAAUAUUGCACAAUGUGGGGCAAUGAUAAUGUAUUUAUCCAUCCUACUUCUGUAUUAUUUCACAACAAACCACCAGACUUUGUUGUAUAUCAAGAAUUAUAUAAAACAAGUAAAGUUUGGAUGAAAGGUGUUACUAUUGUUGAAUCAAGUUGGCUAUCAAAACUUGGUAGAUCUUUAUGUACAUUUUCUAAACCUGUUGAACUUCCAACGAGCAAGUCGAAAAGGAAUAAAGAUACAGAAAAUUUGGCUUACGUAAUUCCAAGUUUUGGCCCAAAAAAUUGGGAAUUACCUCCCAUGAAAAUAAUGGCACAAAAAGUUAAUAGUAGAUGGGUUUAUGGAUCAAUAUGAUUAAUAACAAAAUAAUAAUGACCAUAUUCUCGUAACAUAAUAGAGUGCCGAAAUUGUAUAACUUUCUAUAGUAAAUUCAUACGAAGAGUAUAAAAUAGGGACCAAAAACUUAUUUUCGUCGUUUUUAUUUACUAAAAAGUAUUCGUAAGUAAUGUAAUAUAUCAUACUUAAUAGUGAUAACUACACACAAAAUGAGCUAAGUUCCCAUACAUAAAAUAGUGUUUAAUAAAUAAUUGUUCGUUAUAUUUAAAAGGCGUUCUGAACUCCAAGGGAUUCGUUAUAUCAAAUUUUAAUCUCUU